GGGCUAUACUUUAGUCUUGACAAGAUGGCGAAUGCGGUUGUUUUGCCGCAGGGACACUGAACAAAUUACAACAUUAUCAUUUCAAUUCGCAAACACUGCGGUAGCAUAAUUGUUAAAAAGUUUAUUAUUAGACGCGCUGAGCUAAAGAGCACCUACAAUGAAAGGAAAAGAGCGGUCGCCAGUGAAAAAACGUUCAAGGGCCUUGGAUGAUGUACGAGACAGGGGAGGAAGCCACCCGACCAGUAAGAAAAUGGGGGUUAUGUCGAUUUCUGGUGGCGGAAGCAACAACGGUAACAGUUCGUCUAAAAGCGACGGAAGUUCUGCAAGACGAGGAUUAGUUGGAGACAAAAGAGACAGCCGAGAUUUCGACGGACACGUAUCCAGUCGGACUGGAAAUAAUCACGGUUACACGAGCCCCGUAGCGAGCUCGAGCGGCAAGAAUCACGCCUCGAGCCUAUCUGGAGAGGCGGCAGCUCGCAGCAACUCACGCGGAGAAUCGCGCGCGCCACUUCCCACAAACGAAAGUGAGUACAAAACUUUAAAAAUCAGCGAGCUCGGCUCCCAGCUAAGCGAUGAGGAAAUAGAGGACGGACUUUUUCACGAGUUCAAAAAAUUUGGUGACGUGAGUGUGAAAAUAAGCCGAGUCAACGACGAGAGAAUUGCAUUUGUUAACUUCAGGAGACCUGACGAUGCCAGGGCUGCUAAGCACGCACGAGGCCGGCUGGUACUGUACGAUCGUCCAUUGAAAAUUGAGGCAGUGUAUUUGAACAGGAGGAGAAGUCGCUCUCCUGUAGACAAGGACCAUUUCUCUGUCGUCGCAGGCCAUAGACAUUUGCAUACUCAAAGGCCGAUCUCACCGACUGGCCUGGGCUACAGGGACUACAGGUUACAGCAGUUAGCCCUCGGUCGGCUUCCUCCUCCCCCACCCCCUCCUUUACCCAGAGAGCUUGAAAGAGAAAGAGAGUUUGCCUUUUACGAAGCAAGGGCAAGGCCUACUGCGUACAUUGCUGAGCGGGCUACUUCUUUCCGCGAGGAGGACUUUAUCUCUCCAGAGGACGACCAAAGAGCCAACCGCACACUGUUUCUGGGUAAUUUGGAUAUUACUGUGACUGAAAAUGACUUGAGAAGAGCCUUUGAAAGAUUUGGGACCAUCACCGAGGUGGACAUUAAAAGACCCACUCGGGGCCAGAGCAGCACCUAUGGCUUUCUUAAAUUUGAGAACUUGGACAUGGCCCAUAGAGCAAAAAUGAGUAUGUCUGGGAAAGUUGUAGGCCGAAACCCCAUAAAAAUUGGAUAUGGCAAAGCAACCCCCACCACACGCCUAUGGGUAGGUGGUCUUGGACCCUGGGUUCCUCUUACCGCAUUAGCGAGGGAAUUCGACCGCUUUGGCACUAUUAGGACUAUAGACUACAGAAAAGGCGAUGCCUGGGCGUAUAUUCAGUAUGAAAGCCUGGAUGCUGCUCAGGCGGCCUGCACCCACAUGCGGGGUUUUCCUCUCGGCGGUCAGGACAGGAGGCUGAGGGUGGACUUCGCCGACACGGAGCACCGCUACCAGCAGCAGUUUCUGCAGCCCCUCCCUUUGCCACACUAUGAAAUUGUCGCCGAACCCUUUGUUCACCGUGCCACCCCUGAAGCCAUCAGGGUCAGAGAAAGGACACCCCCACCACUGCACUUCAGAGAACGUGAACUGUACGCUGGGGCCGAGUGGCCCGCACCUGCCAUACGUGAACGUGUGAGAAAUCCUGCAUUUGAGCCUCUUGAACACUUGGAGCGUGAGCGUCGGCGAGAGGCUUGGUCUCUGGAGCGGGAGCUGCCGGGGAGGGAACCCGGUCGCAAACGCAGACUUCUGGAAGAUGGGAGACAUCUGGAGUGCUCACCUGACAGCAGCAGCGAAUGGGCAGCCCGACGUCGGAGACCACCUUCUCUUGAGGGUAGCCCGGGCGGUAGCAGCCGUGACGGGCGUUUCAGUGACUCAGAGCGGCCAGUGAGAGGAGAUCGAGCAUCCCCGGUGCGAGAGAGACGCAGCAGCCUAGAUCGAGCCUCUGGUGAGAAACGCAUCAAAAACAGCAGCAGCCUAUCGGAGUCAAGUCUCGGAGUGAGUCCAGCAGAGAGGAAACGCAAAGCAGGGGAUUCAGCUAAAGGGACCUCCAAAAGAGACAGAUCUGAGAGCAGCUCCAAAGGCAGCCAGGCCUCAAAGCAGGAAGCAGGUGGGAAGCUGAGCAUGGCCUGGAAUGGUAUGUUACUCCUUAAAAACAGCAACUUUCCAGCCAGCAUGCACAUCCUGGAGGGAGAUCUGAACGUUGCCACCAGUCUCCUUAUCGACGGCAGCACAGGCGGAAAGGUCAGCCAACUACGCAUAACACAACGCCUUCGCCUCGACCAGCCGAAGAUCGACGAAGUGUCUCGCCGCAUCAAAGUCGCAGGCCCGGGUGGAUAUGCCGUUCUACUGGCAGUACCAGGCAGCACUGAGGAGACAUCGUCUUCGGACCCAGCAGCGUCAACGCAGAGGCCCCUGCGCAACUUGGUUUCGUACCUGAAGCAAAAGCAGGCAGCUGGGGUCAUCAGUUUACCUGUCGGGAGCAGUAAAGAUAAGGACAACACUGGUGUCCUGCACGCAUUUCCACCUUGUGAUUUCUCUCAGCAGUUCUUAGAUUCUUCUGCGAAAGCUCUUGCCAAAACAGAAGAGGACUACCUGGUCAUGAUCAUUGUUCGAGGAGCAUCUUAAAAUGCAUAACACAAAGUGUUGUUAAAUGCAAGCUUCUCUUAAUGUCUCUUAAUUGCAUGCUCUGUAAAGCAGAAGUGGUACUACAGUAAAGGGCAAAUGUUAUUACCUGCUCUGCCAAAACUUACUUACAAAAAAAAGAAAAAACUUAUGGCCCAUUUAUAUAGUCAAAUUUAGCUCAAUAGCAAUAUAUUUGUUUUUUGUUGCAAGUUUAUUCAGAUGUCUAGUUUGUGAUAAGUUGUUCCCUGCAUAAAAGAUUACAUGAAGCUGGGCAUGUUAGAAUAGAAACUUUUAAUUUGACAUCGGCAAUUAAACACUGUCUAUUUAAAACACUUCCUAUCAACAUGUGUUUCAGUCAGAUUGCAUCCAUGUACAAAAUCAUUUCUGUGAAUGUUGAUUUAUUUGGUUCUGGUUUAAGGGGAUCUUGGGUUCAUGCGACUUGAUGCUUUGAACAAUCAUUUAGUAAAGGCAAGUGUAUUAUAGGUGUAUAGUCCUGUAGGCAACUAAAACGGGAAUAAUAUUUUGCUCAUUGAACUGCAUGUUGAUGCUAGUGUUCUAUAGUAGACUGUUGCAGAGGUUUAUCCAGGUAAUGUACAAAAACUAAAAAUGUCAUCAGUGUUAUAUUGAUUGAAAGUAGAAAACAGACUACAUAUUAACACCUUAAAUUCCCUUAUUACCUUAAAAACAUAAAUUGUAAACCUAUUUUGAUUAUAAAGUAGAUAUUUCUAAUCCCUACCUAGACCAAAGUAUAGUAUCAAGGCAGAUCUUGUGUUCUUAAAUAUGAAAAGUCCAUGUUUGGGGUUACAUUUCAAGGUUUGAUGCAUUCUGGUUUCAAAAAGUGAUUGUUCAUUGUAUGUUUAAUUUUUUUAUGAGAGGCAGAAGAAUAAUUUGGUUGCAUAAGGUGGUUUUAAUUUUUUAUUUUGUUCCAUAGGACUGUCAAAUAUUUCAAGAUAUAAACAGUUUACAGUGAUCUUAAUACUCAAGUACUUAUGGUGAUUCAUUUUAUGGUAAACAAGAUAAAAGAAAGAUUUAACAAAACAUGGGUUUUCAAUGGAAGUCAAUUUCAGUGGAUGUUAAUGCAAAAAUAUUUAAAGUCUGUUAUCCCUUCCUCACCCUCAUGUUGUUUAAUGUAUGCUUUAUUCGACAUUUUUAAGCAUGUCUUGAUCGAUGUUUUCCCAACAAAAAGUAAAUGAGACCGCUGAUACGGGUUUACAACUUUAGGGUGAGGAACGAUCACAGAUUGACACUCCUUUGUCAAUGUGGCUUGUAAUAUUGUUAAUUUUGUCACUCAGCAUCACGUAUAUUUUACUAGAUAUGCUAUGGAAAAAGAGUGAUGUUACUGGGAACAUAAUGUGUCUAACCAUCUUGGAUACAUGUCAAAAUCAAUACUGCUCAGAUAUUCAUGCUCUUAAAGUGAUAGUUCACCCCAAAAUGAAAAUUCUGUCAUGUACGUACUUUUAUGUUGUUACAAACCUGUAUUAUUAUUUUUUGUUCUGCUGAACAGAAAAUAUAUUUUGAGCAAUAUUUGUAACCAAACGGUUUUUGAGCACCAUUGACUUCCAUUGGAGUAUUUUCCUACUAUGGAAGUCAAUGGUGCUUUUGUUUCCUGCUUGAUUACAAAUAUAUUUGUUUGGCAAAACAAAUAAAUGUAUACACAUUUGUAACAACUCGAGGAGUAAAUGAUGACAAAAUUGUCAUUUUUGGGUGCUACAGUGCUAUAUUUACUUUAUAGACGUACCUUAUUUGACAAUGUAGACUGUACAUUAAAGUCUGGUUUAAGUUUAAAGGUUAAACAUGAAGUUUAUGUUUGAAAUAUUACACAAUGUUAUGAUUCCUAGGUGUGUCGUUGUUUAAAUGGUUUUAAAAUGAAAGUCUAUACCUUUUUUAAAACACAGAAGAGGUAGAAUUUGUGUUCUUAGUAUGUUUAGCUAUUUGCAGUGUACCUGAUGAAUAACUAACAUCUUACCAUGUAUGGUUUUUAUAUUCACACUAAAUUUUGUGUUUUAAAAUCUGAUCAGUUGUUGGUUUCUAUAAUGACACGCUGUUUGUGUACAUGAAUAAGUGGACAUACUGUACGUUCAGUCCCGGACUCACAGGACAGGAAAUUGACCGUUCCACAAGUGGACUUCACGUGGCUGGAACCAGAAAUGUUUGUUUGAAAUGAUUCAGGAGCCCUUUGGAUGCACAAGGGCAAGAGCUUUCCAUUUAAUGUUAGUAUACUCUCACAGAGAGAGCAUCUUCCUGCUUGUGUAAUUGUUUUUGUGCUUACAGUUCCCGUAUUUAAACGGAAAUGAUGACACACUUGAUUUGUGCUGUGUUUACCUAAUUUCUUGAUUUGGGGAAAAGAGGAAUCGGUCACUCACUCCUUGCGCAGCUCUGACGUGGCUGUUUGUACACACACAAAAAAGUGCACUGGCCCCUCAUUUGAUUAUAUCACCCUAUCAAUAAAUUGUUUCAUUUGAGGGAGAAAUGUUUAUUCCUUGGAAAUGAAUCGAAGAACGCCUGCCGCUGCUUUUUCGGUUGCGUUUCGGGAGGAAUUGUUGCUCGAUUGCUUGUUUCUGCUCAGGAAAGAGAAAUUCUCCCCUUUGUUUUCGGCUCGGGAUCAAUGAUGGCGGUGAGAGCAAAGGGAGAGAGCUCUUUUAUUGCCCAAUGUUGUUGUUGAUCUGUGUUUUCCAUCCUUGUGUCCUGGAGUUGCUCCUCACGCUUAUUGCUGCCCCAAUCCUCAAACAGAUCAGAGAGAAGGGGGCUUUUCUGCUGAGCAUUGAGAAUGUAGCAGUGAUUCAGGAAAAGAACGCAGUGAGUGGAGAGAUGCUUGCGCAGACCUUCAUCUAAACUCAAAUAUCUGUUCGGGCACCUUCGCUGUGGUCUUACAGGCGUUUCCUGCCACGAGCUUCCAUACGUGUACCUCAGAUGGAAGUAUCCAGGCUUGCUGUAACCUGGCCGGCGUCUCAGCUGUUUGCCAGCACAACUACCAGCGCGAGUCGGGCCGUAUGCACCAGAUAUACCCAAUUCAGAGGAGCAGGCGUUUGUUUAUUCCAUCUUUUUGAUUUGAUCUGAUAUGAUUUCGCUCCGUUGAAAAUCAGUGAAUGAAGAGGAUUUCCGUGAUCAGAGAAAAGCAUUUUAGAAAAGUCAAAAGUAUUUUUAGCCUUCAGUAUUGUGUGCAUCUUGAAACCAGUUUGAUAGUUUUAUUUUCUUAAACGAUUGCCAAAAGUGAUUUAAAAAAACGUCCAGAUGUUCGUUACGUGGCAAAUUGACCUUUCCUUGUGAAGAAACCAAUGUUUGCAUUAACUGAUGAUGGAAAAUGCUUGCAAGGAGCGUCAUCAGGAGAGAUUGAACAAGACUAGUAAGAAGUCUAGACAACUCUUAUCACCAGCAGCUCAUUCGUGUCUCUGAAUGAUAGAUGUGAGGAUUCAGACCAUUGAACUGGUGUGGGUGGUGAGUAGGGGUAUACUGUUUCAUACUGGAGCAUUAGACUUAAAGUCUGACUGCCCAGUACAGGUAAGUGUCAGUGAAGCACCAGAAUAACAGGAUUUGAACUUUACCAUUGGUUGUUUGACAUCAAGGUGUAUGGUUUUCAAAAUUUUAUUAUAAUUUUUUCAGUGAUGUUCGAGCAAGAAAUUUGGCACUUCUACUCCAACCAAAUGUGACCCUGCCUGUGAAAUCCAGGCUUAAGUCUCGAGAUUAUUAGCAUCAAAGUUUGAAUUCAAUCAUUGAUUUCAAUCUUAUUAAUGAUAAAGAUUUAAAAAUUAUUUUAUCAUGCAUUCUUUGCAUUAUGAAGAAUGAUUUUGUGUAGAAAACAGUAAAUCACAAAAAGGUGAAAAAGUAGUAAACUUCCAUAGUGCUUUAUUUUCGCACACUAAUUUUGUAUAUACUAAAAAUUCUUAAGUACUUCUAAGUGUUCUUAAGAUCAUCUUAGUGCACUUCACUGUGCUAUUUUGAGACACCAUAAAUACUAAAAUGUGCUAAAAAUGUAUUUAGGUACCAUUUGUAGUAAACUUGAACCCAUCUUUGUAUGAAAUUUGAGUUCAAGUUUAAUACAAGUCUCAAAAUAGCACAGUUAAGUACACUUAGAUGAUCUUAAGAACAUCUUAAGAAGUACAAAAGAUGAAUUUUUAGUGUAUUAUGUACAAAAUUAGUGUGCAAAAAUAAAGCACUUUAAGUACACUAUGGAAGUGUACUACUUUUUCACCUGUGUUUUCACAGCAUGGGUACUUUAACUAUUUAUAAAACUUAUUUCCCCUCAUUUUAACACAUGUAGGCAGGAGGGUUGGGUUUCCAGUUACAGCACCACAUGGAUCAUACAGAGGUUCAGGUUUUUGGUCAAAUGAACUAAAACAAAUAUACUAAAAUUCCUAUAAUACGAUAAAAUUCCUAUUCCCUAUUGGAGCUAAGGUAGUCCUAAUAUUAAAUUAGAUGAUCAUCUUAGUGUGUUGGUUCAGAAACAAUGGUUCCUGUCUAUGGUUUGUAGUACUGAGUAGAUCUUUAAAGCAUUAUUGACAUGAACUGAGUACAUUAGGAUGUGGGUCUUAGUACUGUGAGGUGGUAAAAUACUGUAGAUCCAAAUGAAUUUACUAACAUACUGUCCUAAGGAUAUAAAAUUGUAGAAAAAAGUGAUUACAUAUCUCUAGAAAUUCAAUAGAUUUUCAAAGUUGCUCCUCAACUACAAUUUCACAAUGCAUUUAUGGUACUAGGUUACCUUUUGAAAACGUUUUGAUUUGUCUUUAGGAAAUCAGUCUUCCUGAAUAGAGAGGUUAGUUUCAGAUUAAAAUACAAAUCUGCAAUGGGCGCUGGCAAAUAUAUUCAGAUGUAGGCUCUAAUAUUUUCUUUGUAUCUUCACCACAGUAUUACUGAUUUGCUUGCGCUCAGAUGCUAUGGAAUAGGCCUGGUAACUUGGUAACAGUAGGUCUCCAUGGUAACACCCAGUCCCUCCCCUGGUCUCAUUUACAUAAUCUCUUUGUGUACUGUCCAUUUCUCAUUCUAAAAAUGAAAGAGCAUGUUAACAUGACUCUCCAAAACAUUUGCUCUUGCACAACCUCUGAAUUAAAAGAGGUUUUCUUCAUUCUGAUCUUACUAAGUCUACUAUGAAUAUUAUAUGGCAGCUUAUAUAAAUUCAAGUAUAGCCAGAUUUGGCCCUUUAAAGAGGUAUUUAUAAAUGUAUGAUAUCUGUACUGUUCUGUUCGAUCAAUUAUUGGAAUCAUCAGAAAAACCUUUCUACCGUUGGUCACUGUUCAUAUCUAUCAACAUUUUUCACAUGCACACACAUAACAGCUAAAUCUAUUCUUUAAUUUUCAACUAAUGUUCUGAUUUGAAUCACUUCCAGGUUGACAAACCCAUAGCUGUCCUGCUGACAAAUCCACAGGUGCAAGUUGGUCAUCAAAGAAACUGUGAUGUUGUUUCGGUGUCCACAGGAUGUCAGUGUUGCAUUGUGGGUAUCCAGUCAGCAGCGCUUACGCAUCAAACAAGUGCAACGUAUCAGCCCACAUCACAAAUUCUGUAAGUACCAGCUUUUUCACUUAAGAUAUGGAUAGGGCUGCACGAUAUUCAGGGGAAAUGCUAUAUGUUAUGAUAAUACUUUUAGGUUGUAAAAUCUAUUUAAUUGAGAUUUUU